CUCUAAAGCCUCCUACUAUCUGAAACAAAAAAGAAUCAUUAUCUGUAGAAAUCCGUUCCCCUAUCGCUGCUUGGCUUGGUUAGCGCAUUGUCGUUGCAGCACUCACUGCGGUCACCGCUCGAGACACUACUAUUAUUCUUAAGCUCAACGUCAGAUGUACAAACUCAACUGCAUUGUCUUGGGCGAUGAUCCUUGCCAUAUUUUCUCGGUCAACGUUGCGCGGACGCAGAGUGUUUAUGACCUCAAAAAGGUCAUCAAAGACAAAAACAAGCCACAGUUUGACCAUGUUGACGCUACCCACAUCGACCUAUGGCAGGUCGACCUGCCUGUCGACGAGACGAUCGAGCACAAUCUUAACAAUCUUACACUUGACAAAGAGAAACGCCUAUGGCCUCUGACGAAAUUGCAGAAAGUUUUCUCUGAAAUACCUGAGGAUGAACACCUGCAUAUUGUUAUCCGGGCCGCACCUGUCGGUCAAGAUUGCACCGAGAGAGUGUGUCAGCGCCCUCCAAAAGGUUAUCAAAGAACAGAGAAAGCAUAGAUUGGAUGGUGUCGAUGCUAAGGCUCUCAAGCUAUGGAAGGUGAGUAAUAGAUACUCGAGAGGUCUAAUGCUGAUGACCUGAUCAU